AUGUAUGUAGUUGUAGCUAAUUACCUAAAAGAUGAGCCACCGCUCCAAACACCCAGAAACGAGAAUCACCAAUGUAUUGUGGGCCUGAGAGUAUUGAGCCUGCGCUCCAACAGACUGGAGUCCCUGGAGCCAGAGCUGUUCCGGCACACCCCCCAGCUGACUACGCUGGAGCUCAGUGGGAACGCCCUCUACACCCUCCCUGCAGACGUGUUCGCCGGGCUGCAGAGCCUGCGCUACCUCUACCUGUCGGACAACCGGCUGGCCUCACUGCCCGCCGAUGUCUUCAGCCCGACCACCGCCCUGCUGCAGCUGGUGAUGUCGGGGAACCUCCUCCAGGAAGUGCCAGAGGUAGUGCUGGGCGGCUGCCCCCAGCUGGCAUUCUUCUUCGUGGACCACAACCGGCUCAAGAGUCUGCCCGGGCGACUCUUCGCCAACAACACCGAGCUCCAGACUGUCUCGCUCGAAAAUAACAGUCUUAGGAGCCUCCCAGCUGAGCUGUUUUCCGGGACACCAUCACUGAACCGUCUGCUGUUGGGACGAAACCCGUGGAACUGCAGCAGCUGUGACGUCACCAUGAUGUCUGCCUGGAUAGCAUCACGACACAUCGACAUCGGUGAUGUGGUGCCACGCUGCUCAGGGCCCGGGCCACAAGCUGGCAGGGACAUACACCAGCAUUCGUCUAAAUUACAUGUGGUUAAUUUUUCACGCACACCGACCCUGAGCAGCAAGAUGGCGUCACCACAGGCAGUCAUCACCGACCUCGACCUGUCAGCCAACCAGCUGCGACUGCUGCUUGAGCCAUGGCUCACCAGACUGCCCCAGCUGAUCCACCUGGACGUGUCCCACAACCGGCUCGUCGCACUGCCAUACGAUGCAUUCCGUGGCACACCCCAGUUGAGAUUCUUAGAUCUCAGCAACAACAACCUCACCACACUUGGACCUUUCCAGUUUGCACUCGUCCCCACGCUCUCAAUGCUGCGAGUGCGCUCCAACCAACUGGCCGAGAUCAGUGUCGACUGCUUCAGAUACAACAGUGCGCUCACGUCGUUGGACCUGGGAGACAACCAGCUGACGCAUCUUCCAGAGGAGCUGUUCCAGAUGACCAAGUCCCUGAGGGAGGUGCGGCUGGACAGCAACAGGCUGCGCUCUCUCGGGCAGCGGGCUUUCCAGCACACUCCAGACCUGGAGAUGGUGGAUCUCAGUGGAAACCGCAUAGGAGAGGUGGCAGCUUCUACCUUCUCCAGCACACCUCUGCUCAAGGACCUCAGCUUGGCUCACAACAGGCUAGGCUUCCUCUACAAUGACACCUUCAGGUGCCCAGAGCUCCAGCGCCUCAACCUGGAGGGCAACCUGCUGCGCCAGGUGGGGGCUCCACUGGUGGCGGCCAACCCCAACCUGGAGGUGCUCGCCUUCGCCAACAACGAGCUCUCUAGGGUAGAAGAUGGCGCCUUCGUCGCCAACUCCAGGCUCAGGGUCCUCACUCUAGGGCACAACAAGCUGGAGUCACUCAACCCAUCCAUGUUCGGCAAAGAUGCAGCACUGGAGGAGUUCCACGUGGAAGCCAACCAGCUGCCCUCAUUGCCAGGGCAGCUGAUGGGAAACCUCACAAACCUCACCAUCCUAAAUGUCAGCAACAACAGGAUGGAGACGCUACCUGAAGGACUGCUUUCGAAGCUGUCGCGGCUGGAGACCUUGGUGGCCACUGGAAACCAGAUCUCGUCCCUGGAGUCCGGUUCAUUCCAGGGACUCUCCAGGCUGCGCACCCUCAUGCUGGGCAGCAACGCGCUGAGCUUCCUACCUUACGACAUCUUCAACAGCUGCCAGAUGCUCGAGACGCUACUACUGGAGGGAAACCAGCUGAAUAACUUGGAUCCUGCUAUUUUCGGAAGCACCAGCCAACUUCGGUACUUGGACCUGUCCCACAACCGCUUCUCCCGGCUGGACCCUCGCGUGUUGGAGAAACUGUCGAACCUGACGACGGUGGCGCUGGACGGAAACCCGUGGCAGUGCGACUGCCUCUUCGCCGACGUGCUGGGCAGGAUCCGCGACCGCCAGACCACGGUCGGCCAGCGGCCCCUGCUCUGCCAGAGUCCAGAAGACUGGCGGGACAAGGCGGCCCAGGACGUCAUCACCAGGCUCUCCUGCGGCACAGCCAGGUCCACCUGA